AGAAUAUUUGUGAUAAUAGCGCUGAUGCCUAUGGAUCAAAAGACGAUUUUAGUCAUUUGGAUAUACAUGAAACUCAAUGGAUGACUAAUGUAGGAGAGUCACGGCAUCAAGAAGAUUUAAUAAAUGUCGUUGAUAAGUCGCCUUUUGUGGACGUCUUGGAAGAUAUGUUUGAUCA